AAUUUCUAAGUUGGAUUUAGACACUAUCGAUCGCGCAACUCGAUUAGAUUCGCCAUGUUCGCUCCGAUAGAUCCUGUAAAGAUACCCGUUUUCAGCGAUCCAUGGGUCCCCAUGGUCACGUUGAGUGGCUAUCUGCUGUUUGUGCUCAAGCUGGGCCCCAAAAUCAUGGAGAACCGUAAACCCUUCCAUUUGAGUGGCGUCAUCAGGGUCUACAACAUAUUCCAGAUCCUUUACAACGGUCUAAUACUCGUUUUAGGAAUUCACUUCCUGUUUGUGCUGAAAGCCUACCAAAUCAGCUGUAUUGUCAGCCUGCCGAUGGAUCACAAAUACAAGGAUAGAGAGCGUUUGAUUUGCAUUUUGUACAUGCUGAACAAAUUCGUGGACCUUGUGGAAACGAUAUUCUUCGUGCUCCGCAAGAAGGACAGACAGAUAUCCUUCCUGCACGUCUUCCAUCAUUUUGCGAUGGCAUUUCUGGGAUAUCUGUACUACUACUUCCACGGCUACGGUGGUGUUGCCUUUCCACAGUGCCUGCUAAACACCGCCGUCCAUGUGAUUAUGUACGCCUACUACUACCUAUCCUCGAUCAGCCAGGAGCUGCAGCGAAGUCUCUGGUGGAAGAAGUACAUCACCAUUGCCCAGCUGGUUCAGUUCGGCAUAAUCCUGCUCCACUGUACCAUCACGCUGGCACAGCCAGACUGCGCAGUCAACAGACCUUUGACCUACGGAUGCGGAUCGCUGUCAGCGUUCUUUGCAGUGAUAUUUAGCCAAUUUUAUUUUCAAAACUAUAUAAAGCCAGGAAAGAAGUCAUCUAAACAGUCAGCUAUUCAUUAAAAUCUUUGAGAUUAAAAAAAUUAACUAAAUUGAAACGAAA